AUGGCCUUGGCCUUCGAAGACCAAAAACAGUCAAAGACAUCAAAUCAAUUGCAAGUUUGUGUUCCUACUGAAAUCAUUCUUGAAAUCUUGUUUAGGCUUCCUGUCGUAUGGUUGUUACGGUUUAAAAGUGUUUGCAAAUUAUGGUUUUCUUUGAUAUCAGAUCCUUAUUUUAUAAAUUGUCAUGUUAAGAAUAAUGAGUGUGCAUAUCAUCUUCGUCGACUUAUUUCAACCACCGAGAGAGAAUUAAACAUUAAGACUUGUCAUCUUUGUGACGUUUUGCAUCAUGAUAAAGCAGUUAAUGUGUUAGAGAUUGAUUAUCCAUUCAAAGAUCAGGUUCAUUCUGUUUUGGUUGUUGCUUAUUGCAAUGGGUUGUUAUGCCUACGUUUUAGGGAUUAUACUUAUUGUAUCUGGAAUCCUAGUACAAGAAGAUCAUCUAAAAGGUUUUCACCGCGCUUUGAUUUUGCCAUGCCGGGUAAGAUUGGUUGGGUUUAUGGUUUUGGCUUUGGAUAUGAAGAGUCCACCGAUGAUUACAAAGUUGUUGAAAUAGGUCGUGUUACCAACCCGUAUGAUGCCUUAAUGGUGUUGGGGAAUUUCAAGUUACAAGGGUAA